UGCUGCACGAAAGCCGAAACCUGCUCCCCCUUGAUUCAUUUUCUGGGGCCAGCUCGCUAACAACGACAAGGAGCUAGCUAGCUAAAGCAGUUAAUUUCGGCCUGCCUGACAGCCGGAUGUUUCGGUCACCUGUACUGAAAUUGGUUUGAAUACUACUGAUGUUGGAUUUUUUAAUCUAUUUAAAAAGUCAAUGUGAAAUAGUGCUGUUAUCGUAACCGUAUGGUUCCUUGUUUUCGACAUUGAUAGCUAACCUCACUAGCCACCACCCACUUAGGAAGCUACGGUUGUUUGGAACGAACAUUAUGUAAACCGGUUUCUUUAGUGAUGCCAACUAAAUGUUACAUUGUCAUUGAAGUGAUAAACAUAUUAGCUGUUCAUCAUAACAAAACCAGAGCUCCCCCACUGGAACAAUAUCCCUACGACAACACACUUAGCCAGUUGCGACGUCCAAAAAAAGGCAGUGGUUAAUCACGUUCUGGGCUAUUGUGGUUUGUCUUUCCCAGUGUUCAAUCUCAAUUAUUGUGUGAAAAAGCUCUGAAGACUCAGAGCUGUUGGGCACUUGCGGUGUCCUCAGAUGGAGCUGGCACACAGUUUGCUGCUCAAUGAAGAUGCCCUGGCCCAGAUCACUGAGGCCAAGAGGCCUGUCUUCAUCUUCGAGUGGCUUCGCUUCCUAGACAAAGUGCUUGUGGCAGCAAAUAAGGUGGAUGUGAAGGAGAAACAGAAGAAGUUGGUGGAGCAACUGACUGGGCUGAUUAGCAGUGCUCCAGGUCCACCCACCCGCAAGCUGCUGGCCAAGAACCUAGCCACCCUCUACAGCAUCGGAGACACGUUCACUGUCUUUCAAACUCUAGACAAGUGUAAUGACAUCAUCAAAAGCAAAGAUGAUACACCAGCCUAUCUACCAACUAAGCUGGCUGCAGUGGCAUGUGUGGGGGCCUUUUAUGAGAAGAUGGGCAGGAUGCUGGGCAGCUCUUUCCCAGAAACCAUCAAUAACCUUCUCAAGGCAUUGAAGAGUGCAGAGUCUCAGGGGCGUGGGGAGAUCCUGCUCAGCCUGCAGAAGGUCCUUCAUGGGCUGGGUGGGGCGGCUGCUUCCUGUCACAGAGACAUCUAUAAGAACGCCCGCUCCCUGCUGACUGACCGCUCCAUGGCUGUCCGCUGUGCAGUGGCCAAGUGUCUGUUGGAGCUGCAGAAUGAAGCUGUCUUCAUGUGGACCACGGAGCUGGAGAAUGUCGCCACCCUGUGCUUUAAGGCGCUGGAAGGCUCCAACUACGGCGUACGGGUCGCUGUGUCCAAGCUGCUGGGCACCGUCAUGGCAACAGCGCUGAUGCCCAAGCAAGCGGCAGUGAUGCGUCAGAACGUGAAGCGGGCCACACUGGAGGAGGUGCUGGAGCUCAUGGCUACGGGCUUCCUGCGCGGAGGCUCUGGCUUCCUGAAGAGUGGCGGCGAGAUGCUGAAGGGAGGCGGCUCUGUCAGCAGGGAGGUGCGCGUGGGGGUCACACAGGCAUAUGUGGUGUUCGUGACCACUCUGGGCGGGCAGUGGCUGGAGCGUAACUUCGCCACGUUCCUGUCCCACGUGCUGGAGCUGGUGGCACACCCGCGGGCCACGCAGACGCACGUGGAGGCCGUGUACUCUCGCCGCUGCGUCUCCUUCGCCCUGCGCGCCACCCUGGGCGGCCUGCUGGGCGAGAAGGCCCAGAUCGCCGCUGCCAAGGAGAUCUGCCAGGCCAUCAGCAAGCAGAUGCGGGCAGUGGGUAAGGAGGGAGAUGGUGGUGGUGGGGGGGAGGUGUCCAGACUCAGAGCACUGCAGAAAGCGGUGGUGAGUGACUCCAGUGGGGAGAACAAAGGGGGCGCGGCGGACGUGUCUGCCAGUCAGCAUGUGAUGGUGUGUGCCCUGAAGGAGCUGGGCAGCCUGGUGCAGAGCCUCAGUGCCACCUCCUCACCCAUCAUACAGGAGCCCUCCAUCGGUCUCCUGGAGACGGUCAGUUCGGUGCUGCUGCACCCCAGCAUGGCUGCCCGUCUGGCGGCCGCCUGGUGCCUGCGCUGCGUUGCCGUGGCGCUGCCCUAUCAGCUGACGCCGCUGCUGGACCGCUGUGCGGAGCGCAUCAACAACCUGAAGAGCUCGCCGGAGGCGGUCAGCGGGUACAGCUUUGCCAUGGCCGCUCUGCUCGGGGGCAUACACCAGUGCCCGCUGGGUAUCCCGCACUCUAAGGGCAAGAUGGUGGUGAGUAUUGCGGAGGAUCUGUUGCGUACCGCGUCCCAGAACAGCCGUCUCUCUCUGCAGCGCACUCAGGCUGGAUGGCUGCUGCUGGGAGCCCUCAUGACACUAGGCCCGUCGGUGGUGCGCUACCACCUGCCCAAGAUGCUGCUGCUGUGGAGGAACGUGUUCCCUCGGUCCCAGAAGGAGCUGGAGGCCGAGAAGGCCCGCGGGGACCCCUUCACCUGGCAGGUCACCCUGGAGGGACGCGCUGGGGCACUCUGUGCCAUGCGGAGCUUCGUGGCCCACUGCCCUGAGCUCCUCACGGAGGACGUGAUCCGGAGACUCAUGACCCCCAUCGAGUGUGCAAUGACCAUGAUGUCACAUGUGCCUGCGGUCAUCAAAGUGCAUGGUGCCCAUCUGAAAGCUAGCGCUGCCAUGGUCAGAUUGAGACUGUAUGACAUCCUCGCUCUGCUGCCCCCUAAGACCUACGAAGGCAGCUUCAAUGCUCUGCUGAGGGAGCUGGUGGCGGAGUUCACCCUGACGGACAACUCGGCCAACACCACCACCUCCCUGCUGCGCUCUCUCUGUCACUAUGAUGACAGCGUGCUCAUGGGCUCCUGGCUACAAGAGACGGACCACAAGUCCAUAGAGGAUCAGCUGCAGCCCAACAGCGCCUCGGGCAGUGGCGCCCUGGAGCACGACCCGUCCUCCAUCUACCUGCGCGUCCCGGUGGGCGAGGUCAUCCCCGGGCCCCUCCCCCUGGGCGUGUCCGUCAUCGACGCCUCGGUGGCGCUGUUCGGCGUGGUCUUCCCUCACGUCUCCUUCAAACACAGGCUGCAGAUGCUGGAUCACUUUGCCGAGUGCAUCAAACAGGCCAAGGGAGUUCGCCAGCAGGCCGUGCAGCUCAACAUCUUCACAGCAGUGCUGAGUGCACUCAAGGGUCUGGCUGAGAAUAAGAGUACGCUGGGUCCUGAGGAGGUGCGUAAGUCUGCGCUGGCGCUGGUGAUGGGGGCGCUGGACAACCCUAACCCCAUCCUGCGCUGCGCCGCGGGGGAGGCCCUGGGCAGGAUGGCACAGGUGGUGGGGGAGGCCACCUUCAUCGCCAGGAUGGCACAGGACAGCUUUGACAAGCUGAAGUCUGCCCGAGAUGUGGUGUCGAGGACGGGUCACUCCUUGGCCCUGGGCUGCCUGCACCGGUAUGUGGGCGGCAUCGGGUCGGGCCAGCACCUCAAGACCAGCGUCAGCAUCCUGCUGGCCCUGGCCCAGGACGGCUCCUCACACGAAGUACAGACCUGGGCGCUGCACUCUCUGGCGCUGAUCGUGGACUCCAGCGGGCCGAUGUACCGGGGCUACGUGGAGCCCACGCUGUCCCUGGUGCUGACGCUGCUGCUGACCGUGCCCCCCUCCCACACCGAGGUGCACCAGUGCCUGGGCCGCUGCCUGGGGGCCCUCAUCACCACCGUGGGGCCCGAGCUGCAGGGUAAUGGAGCCACGAUCUCCACCAUCCGCUCGUCGUGUCUGGUGGGCUGUGCCAUCAUGCAGGACCACUCCGACUCGCUGGUGCAGGCCGCCGCCAUUUCCUGUCUGCAGCAGCUGCACAUGUUCGCCCCGCGUCACGUCAACCUGUCUAGCCUCGUGCCCUGCCUCUGUGUGCACCUGUGCAGCUCUCACCUGCUGCUGCGUCGCGCUGCGGUGGCGUGCCUGAGGCAGCUGGUCCAGAGGGAGGCGGCCGAGGUGUGUGAGUACGCCAUGAGCCUGGCCAAGAAGGCCAGCGACAGCAAGGACAGCGCCACCAUCAACCUGAACAUCACCGAGACGGGUCUGGAGGGGGUUCUGUUUGGCAUGCUGGACCGGGAGACGGACAGGAAGUUGUGCUCGGACAUCCACGACACGCUGGGCCACAUGCUCUCGUCCCUGGCUGUGGGGAAGCUGGCCCACUGGCUCAAGCUGUGCAAGGACGUGCUGGCCGCCACCACAGAUGUAGGGGGAGCUGUGGGCUUCGAGAUGGGGAAGGACGAGGACUCGGAGAAGAAGGAUGACACGGAUGACGACACCAUGUUCACCUCGCUGGGCGAGGAGCCCUCCAAGCCCAACGUUGCCCCUCGCUGGGUAACGCGGGUGUUUGCGGCGGACUGCCUCUGCCGCAUCAUCCACCUGUGCGAGAACUCCGACAAGGCCCACUUCGACCUGGCCACCGCCCGCUCAGCUCGGGCCAAGAACCCCAAAGGUGAUCUGCUGGUGCUCCACCUGUCCGACCUCAUCCGCAUGGCCUUCAUGGCUGCCACGGACAACAGCAACCAGCUGCGCAUGGCCGGUCUCCAGGCCCUAGAGGACAUCAUCAAGAAGUUUGCCUCUGUGCCCGAACCCGAGUUCCCCGGCCAUGUCAUCCUGGAGCAGUACCAGGCCAAUGUUGGAGCUGCACUGAGACCUGCCUUUUCCCCCGACACUCCAUCUGACAUCACUGCCAAGGCCUGCCAGGUGUGCAGCACCUGGAUCGGCAGUGGCGUGGUCAGCGACCUGAACGACCUGCGGCGUGUGCACAACCUGCUGGUGUCAUCGCUGGACAAGGUGCAGGCUGGGAAGGGCUCCUCCAGCCAGCUGUACAGUGAGAGCGCCACCACCAUGGAGAAGCUAGCUGUGCUGAAGGCCUGGGCUGAGGUGUUUGUGGUGGCCAUGAAGAUUAAGAAGGAGGCCGAGUCGCGGCCGCCUAAGAGCAGUGGCGGUGAGGAAGAUGAAGACGAAGAGGCGGGCGAGGAGACGGGCAUCCUGCCGCCAGACAGUCUGAUCACCCUGGUGCAGCCGGAGCUGCCCGCCCUGAGUCGGCUGUGGCUGGCGGCGCUGAGGGACUACGCCCUGCUCACGCUGCCCGCCGAGUUCGCCAGCCAGCUCCCACCUGAUGGCGGGGCCUUCUACACGCCCGAGACCAUAGACACUGCCCGGCUGCACUACCGCAACUCCUGGGCGCCCAUCCUGCACGCCGUGUCCCUCUGGCUCCACAGCACCGGGUUCGGCUCCGCCGAGGGCGCCGAGGACGCCACCCCUGGCCCGCCCAAAGGCUCCGGGCCCGUGGCCGUGUUCCCGCCGGUCGGACAGGUGCCCAGCAAGAGCCAGGAGGAGCUGGUGAAGGACCGCAUGCAUCUGCUUCUAGGCAUCAGCAUUGAGUUCCUGUGUUUCCCGCGUCCGGAGGAGCCCAUCGAGCACGUCAUGUCCUGCCUGCAGGCCCUCUGCACCCUGCUGGACUCGCCCAGCGCCCGCCAGCACAUCGCCCAGGACCAGCUGUUGGCGGUGGAGCUGCUGAACGUGCUGCACAGGCUGCUGCUGACCUGUGACCCCCCCAGCGUGCAGCUGCAGGUGACCGCAGUCGUGCAGGAGACCAUCCACUCCGCACUGGACCAUCUACAGCUGCAGCGCUCCAGCUCCAGCGUGGAGGAGGGGGAGGAGAAGGAGUCGGCCGCGGCCCUCGGGGAAGGAGGCGACAGCGGGGAGCUGCUCCCGGGCAAGUCGCUGGUGUUCGCCGCCAUGGAGCUGCUGGUGUUCAUCCUGAUGCGCCACCUGCCGCAGCUCAACACGCGCGCCGGCGACUCGCCCAGCCACCCGGCCUACCGCCCGCACAGCCUCACCCAGGAGGGCACGCGCCUCGUCGCCGCCACCGUCGCCAUCCUGGCAGAGCUGCCCGCGCUCUGCUCUCCAGCAGGAAGCAUGACCAUUCUGCCCACCGUGCUGUUCCUGAUCACCGGCGUGCUGAGGGAGACGGCGGUGAAGACUCCGGAUCAUUCCGUGCCGGUGCCCGUGUCCGCCGCCCUGCAGGGCAUCAAGACCAUCAUCACGUCCCCGCUGGCGCGAGCCGAGAAGACGCACAAGCAGUGGACCAGCCUGGUCUGGAGCAGCCUGGCGUCUGUGCUGGAGUACGCUCAACCUGACGAGUCUCGGCCCAACAUGGACGAGGUGAGCAUGCUGACGGCCAUCACGCUCUUCCUGCUGUCGGCCAGCUCGGAGCUGCUCGGGGUCACUGCCCUGCAGAAGGGCUGCAUGGACCGCUUCCGCAACGCCCUCAACUCCAGCGACCCCUGGGUCCAGGCCCGCUGUUACCAGCUGCUGAUGUCGGUGUUCCAGCACUCGAGCCGCGCCCUGUCCACCCCCUACAUCCACGCGCUGGCGCCGCUGCUGGUGGAGAAGCUGAAGGCGGUGGAGCGCAGCCGGCCCAACAACGCCGCCGAGCUGCAGGCCGUCCAGGAGGGCGUCAAGGUCCUGGAGAACCUGGUGGCCAUGGGAGAAGAGCAGAACCGAGUUCAGUUGCUGGCGCUCCUCGUCCCCACCCUGGUGUCAUACCUGCUGGAUGAGAACGCCUUCUCCUCGGCCGCGCCGGCCUCCAAGGGCUUGCACAAUUUCGCCCUGCAGGACCUGAUGCGCAUCGGGCCUCUGUACCCGGCCGCCUUCAAGACUGUGAUCGGGGCGGCGCCCGAGCUGAAGACCCGCCUCGAGACGGCCAUCCUGGCCAAUCAGGCCAGCAGCAAGGCCAUGGCUGCGGCCAGGCUGGCCCAGCCCACCGUGCAGGCCGCGCCCACGAUCAAACUCAAGACGAGCUUCUUCUGAAGAGAGCGCAUCUUUUCAUUCCCACAUUGCGUUACUGUCUUUCAUCACUGUGUCACUGUGUUUUACUCAUGUCCGUCACUGGAUCCUUGUGUUUUUGUUUGUUUGUGUGUGUGUGUGUGUGUGUGUGUGUGUGUGUGUGUGUGUGUGUGUGUGUGUGUGUGUGUGUGUGUGUGUGUGUGUGUGUGUGUGUGUGUGUGUGUGUGUGUGUGUGUGUGUGUGUGUGUGUGUGUGUGCGUGUGUAAAAGAGAGUGAGUUUGUGUUGCCAUUCCUCUGAGCGUUUGAGAGUGCACUCCCCCUAAAAGUGGAAAUAAUAUAUAUGUGUACAUACGGAAUAAAGGGCCUUUUUAAUAUUGUGUGUCACAGACGCUAUAUGAAGGCAUUUUUGGAACACAUUUUCAUGUGCUUACAGCAGUGAAUUUGUAAAAGGGAUUUUUAUUGUUGGAAUCUCAUUUUCCCAGAAUGUUCUUUCUUUCCACCCCGAGUCACAUGGAACACUGCAUUAUGGAUUGUAAUGAAUAGAACAUUUUCAUGAAGCACAUUUGAAAGCAUUAUAUCAUGAUGUCAUUUCCCUCAUUCUCAAUGAAUCACUGACCUGUGUAACUUUAAUGGUUACUGUAUGUUGUUCUGUCCUUGUUAUUUUGCCUUGUUUGUUGAUUUUAAAGGCCUCCUUGCUUGUCUGUCCUAUUUAGAUGCCUUAUGUUUGCUUUUUUCCCCAUUCAUUCCUUAGUUAGUUUUUAACAAGAAAUCAUACUGCAGACUACUUAAGCUGACUUUGAUACUCUUGAGUCAAGCAUGGUUAAUAUAUAACCUUAAUGUGGAAAAACUUGCCAAUGUUACCAUUAAAGCAUAGCUUGAAAGGAUUGCGGAAAAGUCUGUGUACAGUUUCCCCACUAGAGAUGCGGGUACAUUUUCAGCUGUUUCAUGUCAGCUGAUGCCUUUGUUCUCUUGUGUCACACAAGGCAGUGUCAAUGCAAAUUUGAAAUGCCAUUUCAUUCCUGCUGGAAUAACUUUAGGCCUGUAUUAAUCUAUCCAUAUCAACACUGGUGGAGUAUUGCUGAUAUUGUUUAUUGUUUAUCAAAAAGCAUGUCCUUGAUCAUGCACAAAAAAAGAUAAAGUGAAUAUACACUUUGUUUUUUUUGCUUUCCAUUUGUUGUUUGUUUUUUGCUGUUUGUUUCUUGGACCAGAAUGUGAAAUAAAAAUGAAGGAACUUCACAACAACAACGGAAUGGCAUUGAAGAUAUUUAUUUUUAGCUUCCACACACUGGAAUGUUUCCAUUCUUUUGGUUUGUUUUCUUGACAUUUGUAAUGAAUUCUGUAUUAUGCUGUGAUGGUGCAAAAAUGGAAAUCACAAUAAAGACACAUGAGAUGCAUCAGA